UAUACGUUUCUAAUGUAUAUAUAUAUUUUAUCCACAAGAUCUAUAGAAUGUGAGAUUAUUACAAGCGAACAAUUGUAAUGCAUCGAUUCUAGUCGUAAUUUAGGAAUUUAAAACCCGUCUGUCUAAAAAUAGACAACGUUACGACCUACUUUUGUUGUAAAUAAUGGUGGGAAACUCGCGCACAAUCACAACAGUUCACGGACAUUCACCAAUAACAAGGACACACAACGAUAUAGCGAGAGUCUUUGUGUGAGAAGAAUAGAAAAUGAAUACAUUCCUUCCCUUAAACAAUAACAACAGCAAUGUCUGGCCAAAUGUGAUGGAUGUAUCACACCAUAACUCUAAACGACAGAGGAUGGAGGAAUCGCUGGAAGAAACAAACCAGUUGACACAUGGAGCUCCUCCGUGUUCAUGUGGAAGGAAAUUUUUGCCGGUGAGAAGAAACGAAACUACCUAUAUCACAGAAUCGUGGCGGUCGACAGGGACUUCACUAUUCAAGCCGUUAGCUCAGGACAUAUUUGUAAAUUUAGUGAAGUAUGAACAGUUCAGUGUGUUGGAGGGCACAUUUUUUGUUGCAGACCAUGCUGGAAACUACUCUAAUUCUGUUACAGGUCAAGUUCUACACAUGUGGAGGUACGACAAAACAAAGAAAGAGCUAUUUAUAGCUCAGUCGAUUCUCUUCACCUGUCCACAGGACUUGGUUGUGAUACAAGCCGUGCUACAUUCCAUUUAGACUUCUGUACCUGAUGCCCCUCUACAAGCUGGUGGAAUCAGUGGCGACACAAAAUAGACUGCUAAUCAUUUAUAGGAACCUGUAGAGUUGAUAUCUACAGGUGCUUUGUGGUGACAAAGAUGGUGCUUAGUGUUUUUGUUGAUGUUGUCUGUACUGUAUAUGUCAGCAUAUGUUUGGUGGUGACAGAGAUGGUGCUAUACUCCACACAGGUGUACCUGGUCGUAGAGUAGACAUCUAUAGAUGUUUGGUGGUGACAGAGAUGGUGCUAUACUCCACACAGGUGUACCUGGUCGUAGAGUAGACAUCUAUAGAUGUUUGGUGGUGACAGAGAUGGUGCUAUACUCCCCACAGAUGUACCUAGUGGUACAGUAGACAUCUACAGAUGUUUGGUGGUGACAGAGAUGGUGCUAUACUCCACACAGAUGUACCUGGUUGUACAGUAGACAUCUAUAGAUGUUUGGUGGUGACAGAGAUGGUGCUAUACUCCACACAGGUGUACCUGGUCGUACAGUAGACAUCUACAGAUGUUUGGUGGUGACAGAGAUGGUGCUAUACUCCACACAGAUGUUCCUGGUCGUACUGUAGACAUCUACAGAUGUUUGGUGGUGACAGAGAUGGUGCUAUACUCCACACAGAUGUACCUGGUCGUACUGUAGACAUAUAUAGAUGUUUGGUGGUGACAGAGAUGGUGCUAUACUCCACACAGGUGUACUUGAAGAUUUUGUACUAGUUACAGGUUUGUGAUGAGGUUGACAGGAUAUUAUAACAUAUAAAACAGGAUGCCAAUUCUGUACUUUCAACCUUUUAUAGUUGUUUAGAUUAGAAUAAAAUAUUUCACGAUGUUAAAAAUUUUUCGUAAGAGUAAGACAUAUUGUAUAUUAAUUAAAUCGCCAUUCCCUCACAGACAAAUUCUAAGAAAGUACAUUAUGUCACCACCGACAUGGAAUGAACUGUGCCUUUUUUGGAUGUGAUGAAUGUUUAUUUUUUCAAAGGAUUAUUAAAUUGUUAUACAUGUACUUGUUGAAAGUUUAUUGCAGCCCAUUGGUACAGUAUAUGUAUGUACAUAUAGGUAAAAUAUCAUCAUUUUUUUCACUUCAUUGCCGAUACAUAGAGGAAUAUUAAAUUUUGUGUAUUUUGUUAAUGUUUACUAUAUUUUUUGUAAUGUCUUUUAAUCUACAUGGUCAGCAUUAAAGCUAGCACUGGGCCUUGAUGAAAGACUGUCUAUCAUGUUGAAUCAUGUUGAUAGCCAGCUGUAUAGAUAUAAUAGUAGAAUACCAGUACAAGUAUGCUACUUCUCUUCUGUUGAAAGUUAUACAUAAAUAGUGUAAAACACUAGGUAUUCUGAGAUGUAUAUACAUAACGUAGUUACAGCAAACACAUGAUCUUAUUGUGUGUUGGUUCAAAUCUUAUUCCUUAUUGUCACGGAAUAUUUGUCAAAAUCUUUACACAAACC